AAAUUGAUACUUAGAAUAAAAAUGAAUUACUUGAAAAAUGAAGAGACAUAAAAUGAAAGUAUAUCUUUUUUGUUAUUAUGUUCAACAAACAAAACUUUUCUGUCAAAUUGUUAUAAAAGUUUCUAAAUACUUGCAGUUUCUUAAAUCAGUAACAGCACUUCACAAAUCUGCAUUGGACUGUGGACCCCACUUUUGAGUAGCACUACUUCAAAGCAGUUAAUUUGGCAUUAGUGUGCAGGCAGAGCCAUUGAGAGAUGAUUGCUGGAGAGUUAAUGAGGGACCUAGACAGGUUGUUAGCAGUUUGAAUGGAAUGGAAGAUCUGGAUUAGAGACAUUUGAAAAUUUAAAUGAAGGCAAGUGAGAUGUUGUGGAUUUGAGGGAGAGGAAAGAAUCAAAAGAUUUUAAUAACUAGGUUUUAGACUUAAGGGGAAAAUGAGAGUGACCUGGCGGAAAUAGAGACUAGUUUGGGGAAAGAGAUACAAAUUAGGUUUUCAACAAAAAUUCACCUUAUAGCAUUUUUCUGUUAAUUAACAGACACUCAACAUACAUCAUUUGGUUGAUAAUCUAAAUUUGCACUCUCCAACAGGCACUUGUAACUGUAACAAACUUUGAGUAUAUAAUUACACAAACCCAUAGCCAAAACAUGCCUGAGAUUUUUUGCUUGUAUCCUUAGUCUCAUUUUUUGUUGCAGCAACUCUUGUUGGGCCUUUGGCCAGGAAAUUGUGACUCCUGGGCAGGAGGAGGAGCUAGGGAUAAAGUUCACCAGUGCCAGAGAAAUUCUAUUCCAAAUGGAUUCAUGUGGAGCAACAGUGAUAUCCAAUGACAAGUUAAAUUAGACACAGAGGUGUUUUCUCCAGCACUGUCUCAGAAGAGACAUACUGUGGAGGGGCCUGGUUCCGACUAAAACGGUCUUUUUGAAGUAAGGUUAAAGUCACACACACAAAAAUUAUACUAGGGAUUUGAAGAAGAAUUCUGUUAUGUGACUUCAAGAACUAGUUGACUCAAAUAGUUUCACACUUUGCAGAACGGCAACCAGUGACAGAUGAGGGUGUUUGUGAACCGGAGUUUAGCCAUGGAAAAAAUAAAGUGUUUUGGUUUUGACAUGGAUUAUACACUUGCUGUGUACAAGUCCCCGGAGUAUGAGUCCCUUGGCUUUGAGCUUACUGUGGAGAGAUUAGUUUCUAUUGGCUAUCCUCAGGAACUUCUCAGCUUUGCAUAUGACUCUACAUUCCCUACCAGGGGACUAGUAUUUGAUACACUGUAUGGAAAUCUUUUGAAAGUUGAUGCCUAUGGAAACCUCUUGGUCUGUGCACAUGGAUUUAACUUCAUAAGGGGUUCUCAGGUAGCUGCUCAGAAGAGACCAGAAACUAGAGAGCAGUAUCCAAAUAAAUUUAUUCAACGAGAUGACACUGAAAGAUUUUACAUUCUGAACACACUAUUCAACCUACCAGAGACCUACCUGUUGGCCUGCCUAGUAGAUUUUUUUACUAAUUGUCCCAGAUAUACCAGCUGUGAAACAGGAUUUAAAGAUGGGGACCUCUUCAUGUCUUACCGGAGUAUGUUCCAGGAUGUAAGAGACGCAGUUGACUGGGUUCAUUACAAGGGUUCCCUUAAGGAAAAGACAGUUGAAAAUCUUGAGAAGUAUGUAGUCAAAGAUGGAAAACUGCCUUUGCUUCUGAGCCGGAUGAAGGAAGUAGGAAAAGUAUUUCUUGCCACCAACAGUGACUAUAAAUAUACAGAUAAAAUUAUGACUUACCUGUUUGAUUUCCCACAUGGCCCCAAGCCUGGGAGCUCUCAUCGGCCGUGGCAGUCCUACUUUGACCUGAUCUUGGUGGACGCACGGAAACCACUGUUCUUUGGAGAAGGCACAGUACUGCGUCAGGUGGAUACUAAAACUGGCAAGCUGAAAAUUGGUACCUACACGGGCCCCUUACAGCAUGGCAUCGUCUACUCUGGGGGUUCAUCUGAUACAAUUUGUGAUCUGUUGGGAGCCAAGGGCAAAGAUAUUUUGUAUAUUGGAGAUCACAUUUUUGGGGACAUUUUAAAAUCAAAAAAACGGCAAGGGUGGCGAACUUUCUUGGUGAUUCCUGAACUCGCACAGGAACUGCAUGUCUGGACCGAUAAGAGUUCACUUUUCGAAGAGCUUCAGAGCUUGGAUAUUUUCUUGGCUGAACUCUACAAGCACCUUGACAGCAGCAGCAAUGAGCGCCCAGAUAUCAGCUCCAUCCAGAGACGUAUUAAGAAAGUAACUCACGACAUGGACAUGUGCUACGGGAUGAUGGGGAGCCUGUUCCGCAGUGGCUCCCGGCAGACCCUCUUUGCCAGUCAGGUGAUGCGCUAUGCUGAUCUCUACGCAGCAUCUUUCAUCAACCUGCUGUAUUACCCGUUCAGCUACCUCUUCAGAGCUGCCCACGUCUUGAUGCCUCAUGAGUCAACAGUGGAACACAUACAUGUAGAUAUCAAUGAGAUGGAGUCCCCUCUCGCCACCCGGAACCGCACAUCAGUGGAUUUCAAAGAUACCGACUACAAGCGGCACCAACUGACACGGUCGAUUAGUGAGAUUAAGCCCCCCAACCUCUUCCCACUGGCCCCCCAGGAAAUUACACACUGCCAUGACGAAGAUGAUGAUGAGGAGGAAGAGGAGGAGUGAGGAGGAAGAUGCUGAGCACUCAUUACACAAGUUCUGGCAGGACUCAACAGGAGCAAAGGGUGUCCCUGUGUGGGUCCUAGUGGGGGGUGGGGGGGGCUCCAUCAAAGGUACAUCUGGAAAGUUUCUGGAGACUAAAAUAUUCUAAUCCUAGGGAGAUACUUGUUUUAGUUUUGUGUGUCUGCACUCUUUGCAGACGGUUCAAAAUUGGAGUCUGUAUUGGAGGAAAGUAAGGGUAAAGCUGGGCUGAACUGCAUGCGACUGGCUCCAUCGUGGCUUUGUGACGCGGUUUCCUUGUCUUGUUUCAUCAUCGGUGUGUGGUAGUGUAUUAUCCAGAUACACUAGGGGUGGCGAAGGGUCUCAGAGUGGAGCAAGGACACCAGUGGGAAGAUGUGAUCCAAACAUGUGAUGGUACAAAUUGUGCUCUUACUCCGAAAUCCCAUCUUUUUCAGUGCAUUGCAUAAGUAUUGUAUAUCAGUGGAGAAAUAUAUUAUUUCCAUUAUCAAAUGUAGUCUUCUGUUAAGGUCAGGGUUUCUUUACAAGCUUUCAGGCGUUUUCCAUGACUCUGGUAAGGCUGCUGUCAGUGGCUUUGCAGGAGUGUCUCUACUUGCUGUAGGGCUGGUCUGGAAUGGACUGUAGUGAUUGCAUUUUGAGGCAAAAGUCUUCAUCCACAUCAGCAGUUUUUAGAUUGAUAGCAAAAAUUGAAAAAAAAAUUGUUUUUUUCCCCCCAAAAUGGUCUUUUUCCCAUCUGAGGUAAAUCUGUGGAAAGAAUUUAGCUGAAAGAGGACAAAGGAGCAAGCCACCUGAAAAGAACAGAGCCUCCUCCUUUACCAUAAGUGAGUAAAAUUCAUUAAUGUGGGCCAUACAGGUAGCUCAUGCCACCCCAUUCCAGCCUUCUCUAUCCUCUUUGUCUUUUAAACUCAAGCAUUAGAGGGUGGGAAGAGGGCUUUUUUGUGAGUCAGAACCAUUUACAAAAACAGAGGGCACAAUCAGUGUGAAUAAAUUCACUUCAGACUCCCAAGUGAAAUCACUUCUUGUUGCUUGGAACAAGAAUGGAUCAUUACUGUACACUUUAUGGUAUUAUAACUGCCUCUUCAGAACAGUGAACCUUGUUACAUUUUCCACAGUGGUGUAGACGCUCACUUUAACCUUCAUAUGUUUCUUCCAUUCUUACUGUUAUUUGUCAACAUGGGACGGUAGAUUAGCUGCUCUAGAAUCAAUAAAGUAUAUUUCUAA